AUGUCCAUUAAAUUUGCGGUAGUUUUUCUGGCGUUCUUCGCAUAUCAGGGAGUUUUCGCUUCUCCUGCCGAGGUGCUCACCUUUGGAAUCGGCGAGCAGAUCGAGAAAGCCUUGGAAAAAUUGAAGAUCGUCAUCCAAGUAUCUAUAGAUAAAGCCGUCGAAGAUUUAAACAACGUAUUGGGAAAGAUCGAAGAGAAAGGAGAAGAGUUGAUCGAGCUGAUCAAAAUUAAUAUCGAUCAGGUAGUUGGCGAAGCUGGGAAACAGAUACAGAAGCUGGUAGAAGAUGCCCAUGAGUUGAGUGUAGAUGUGAAAGAAUGCGUGAAGGAUUCGGACGAAGACCUGGAGAAGUUAGUCAAAGGUCUGCUCGAAUCAGCUGUGAAAUGCGUCACGGAUAAGGUCAAUGAGGCGACUGGCAUUAUCGUCGAAGCUAUCGAGGAGGUAAAAAAUUACGUGAACAUCAUCGGCGGUUUGGAUGAGGAUGUGAAGAUGUGUGGAACCGGAUUCAGAGCUAUCAGAUGUUUGGGAGAAGUUCUGGCCGACGUGACCAAAGCCACGAUCAACUUGCCGGUGGAAAUCUCGAAGAAGGUAACUGAAAUCACCGCACUCGUUUCAGGUUUGGAAGCUGCAAUGAUUCAAUGCGCCACGAACAUUGGUAUCGAUGCUACUGGACAAGCAGGAUCAAUCGUCAUCGACGUGGGUGAAUGCGUCGCCGAUAACAUUAAGGAUUCGCAGUAAUCUAUAAAGAAUAU